GAAGCCCACUUCCAAGCAGGCUGCCGACAGGGGUCCUUUCUCAAUUGACUCAUUUGGCUUGAUAUCGUGCAUGUUGCCGUAUCAGAUAUCUGCGUGCCUCUUUUUUUCUCCUUCCGGUGAUGUCGAUCGAAUAGGUAUCGGAUUCGAUAUCCAGAUCAGUCCUGACGAAUUGGGUACCCCCUCUGACAUGCAGACCGAAGGACGAAUUCCACCGCCCUCUCUAAUUUCUACACAUGCAGUGGCCAGCCUGCCGAUGCGCAGUCUCGGCCUCGGACUGCAGCAAGCAUGUCGGCACUAAAGCCGGAGCGGGGAAGACUUCGUCUCAUCAAGGGCUCAGCGAGUAUCGCCAGAGUCUUGAAAAAGAGCUCAGUUGAUCGCUGCUGUGAACGUGAGCAGGGGGCAACCCGUGCCGCCAACCAGGGCUUCCAGGGCCCCUCGCAAGCAAAUCCACUCGCCCUCAGCACAGACCCGACAAUAAUAUAUCUCGAUUUUAUUGUUUACUUUGCUUACGGAACGAAUGUCGACGACGCUUGGAUACCCCUUAUGAACAUGGACAUUGGGCCCUGA